UCCCUUUGACCAAUGGGAGCGGGGAACGGGGCAGUUGCCCCGCCCUCUCCUCCCCGCCCCGCACCACCGGGCCCGGUGCGGGAGGCGCAGCCGAGGGAAGAUGGCGGAGGAGGAGAAGCUGCCCUCGGGCUGGGAGAAGCGCAUGAGCCGCAGCUCCGGCCGCGUCUAUUACUUCAACCACAUCACCAACGCCAGCCAGUGGGAGCGACCGAGCGGCAGCGGCAGGAACGGCCCCGGCGAGCCCAGCAAGGUGCGCUGCUCCCAUCUGCUGGUGAAACACAACCAGUCCCGCCGGCCCUCGUCCUGGAGGCAGGAUAAGAUCACCAGGACCAAGGACGAGGCGCUGGGGCUGAUCAACGGCUACAUCCAGAAGAUAAAAUCAGGAGAAGAGGAUUUUGAAUCCCUUGCUUCCCAGUUCAGCGACUGCAGCUCAGCCAAAGCAGGAGGAGACCUGGGGGUGUUUGGGAGAGGUCAGAUGCAGAAGCCUUUCGAAGAUGCCUCCUUUGCGCUGAGGGCCGGUGAGAUGAGCGGCCCCGUGUUCACAGAGUCAGGGAUCCACAUCAUCCUGCGCACGGAGUGAGGAGCCUCAGGGGCCGGGAAAAGGGGGGGGGGGAGGGAAAAGGGGGGAGAUGACAUCCCAAAGGAAAAGGAACCGAAACCCCACCGAGAGCAUCACCACCUCCGACCCCUGUGCUCCCGACGGAACUUCAUCUCCACGGUAACAACUCCAAAGCUCCUUUCCCAUCUCUCCGGUGGCCCCCCCGGUGGGUUUGGCCUGUGUGGUGCAGCCACGGCUCAGAACCCCGGCAGGAUCGGACCGCAGCAUCUCUCCCAUAGCAUUAGUGUUGCUGCUGUGCCACAGCUGCUUGGGUUUGGAGCCCCUCAUCUGCACUGAGUGCUCCUCGCAGGGAUGCUGGCGACGGGGCCCAAUCCUGCCCUGCGGUGCUGGGAUGGAUGGAAGGAUCUCUCCCGCCCCCAC